UCGCCCAUCUGGCAACGCCGUCGCUGAGUGUGAGUUCUUUUUUGUGCUGGUUUACAACAUAAAAGUGCUGCUUGCUCGUCGUAUGGGAAAUAAAUAAAUUAAAAUCAUUUACAACUGGGCGGCCAGAGGAACACUCGGCUUAGAAGGACGGUCAAAACCGCAGAUUACCAACCGAUUUCCUGGUAAUUCCAAAAGCAAAACCAAGAGUGGUCCAAAGUGCGUGUGUGUUGGUGCGUUUCGCGUGUGUGCCAGUGUGUGUGCGUGUGUCGUCGUAGCAGCAGCAGUAGAAGAAGAAGCAGCAGCUGAAAAGGAGAAGCGGAAGAAGAAGAAGACGGUAGUCCAGGCAUUUGCCGGAACGGGAAAAAACCCGUAACUUGGAACAACUCGCCCGCAGGAUAUAGAGAGAGAGAGUGCGUCGCCGGAGAGAAAUGCAACAACAACCGGAGUCGGGCGGCGAGGAGAGCUGGCUUGAGGAGCAGUGUCACCAUGAAAUCCACGGUCAGCACGACGAGUUCGAACGGGAAUAUGUCCGUCAGCGGGACAACAACCUGAGCACCGUGUGGGGAGCAUUCCAGGAUUCGGCCACCGCAGUUGCUCAGCUGUAUAGAGAGCGCUCAUCGAACACAUUUUCCUCAGACACAGGCGCCCUUUGGCUGCCCUUCCAGACCGCAGCUGGCACUGUGACAACACUCUACAAAGAAUCAUGUGAUGGUCUCAAACGCACCAGCGACGCUGCCAUUCAGUGCGGCUACCAAAGACGCACUCGCGAAUUGGCCGAUUGGGCGCGCAGCAAAAAACGCCGUAUGAUACGACGCGAGGAUCUGUUGGCCUAUUUGGCCGGAAAGCCCCUACCGCCAUCCAACUCAAAUCCACAUGCCAAUCGUCGGUCACCGAAGCCAGAGCAUCACCACCAGAGCGGCAGUGGUGGCUCUGGUUUGGGAUUUCACAGCUCCGGACUGGGUUUGACCGGUGGUCCGCCCACAGCCGCCGGCGGUGGACACCUGCUGUCCUCCGGAGCAACCGGCGGCCGUCAAGAGGGAACGGGUGGUGCCCCCGUCGGCGGAAUCGGCGAUGAUUUGCACACCUUUAAGGAGGCCUUGGUGCUGCGUCCACGUGGUCCGGAACUAUUUGCAUUUGUUGCCAAUGAAAUAGCGCGCCAUUGCAAGCGGCCCGGCAGUCCUAUCGACGAUAAAAUGGACAUUUGCCACUAUAGCAGUAAACGCCAGCGCUUUAUGUAAUCCAAUACCAAUAGUAGUCCCAGCCCAAAGCUAAGCUCCCGGUCAUCAAAACACUAACCCACUCAACUUUCGGGAAUCAAAAAACAAAACAAUACGCAGAAAUUUAAAGAACGGCCGAUUGGAAGUCGAAAGCUUGCGGGAACAUAAAGUGUACAUUUAUGUUUAGAUUUUCGGUUUGAUAUUUGCCUACCAUUUAUUAUAGAAAUAUUUUUUUUUUUUUAUAAAAAAACUCCCUUUUCCCCGAUCCUUGCACCGACAUACAGCAAUUGUACGUAAAACAUACAAAAAUCACACAUAAAUAAAGUUAAGUUAUGUUUUAGUUAAUAGCGCAUAAGUAAACAGUCAUGCUGAUAGUGAUGGCAGCAGAAGAUGUUUAUGUUGAUGAAGAUAAUGCCAAUAUAGGGCA